GUCUCCCGAGUCCUCCCAGGGGCAUAGCCCACGGCGGCGUGACUCGCACACCUAGUGAGGGCUCUGAGGCUGCGGUGCGGGAGGCGGGGGAUCUAGGUUCGAAUCCUGGCCUUCUGGCGCGGGGCGGCCUGUUCUACUCUAGACUUGGCCUCAGUUUUCCCCGCCUGGAAAGUGGGGACUGGCCCUGAGUCCUCGCUCUGAAGCGGACGCUCCGAAAGAAGAGAACCUGGGCGCGGGAGGGGGAGGGGCCGCUUCACCUGCCGUUCGCUGAUUCCGGCCCGCCCUGCCCCGCGAUGACCGCCCGCAUCCUCGUCCUGAUGAUGCUCCUCGCCGUCUCCGCCCCAGGGGACCCGGACUCCGAGGGCAGGCGGCCCUGGCAGCAGGUCGCCCAGCACCGUGGGCGCCUCUGUUCCCUGGGCACGUGCCAGACGCACCGCCUGCCGGAGAUCAUAUACUGGCUCCGCUGCCUCCACCAAGGAGCCCUCGGGGAAGGCCGGCCGCAAGCCCCAGGACCCCCACAGCUACGGGCGCCGGCGGAGGCGCGAGGUGAAAGCCCGGCUCCGUCUCCAGGACCACCGCCUGCAGCAGGGGGCCCGGCGGAGCGCCCGGAUCGCUGGGUGACCUCGGGCACGUCCUUGCCUGGCUUCAGUCUGCCCAUCUGUGUAUUGGGGUUACUACCCCAAUUUUCCCCUCUAACCCCACCCUCUGAGAGUGUUCCUCACCCCUCCCCUGGCUGUGACUGGGCUGGACCCAGGGGCACACCGGACCCAGCCUGGACAAAGAAUACUGGCGUCCCGAGGCGAAUAAAACAAGAGUCGUGCGUUUCGGUCUCUGCUUGUCUGUGA